UCACCGCUGUGCGCGUCAGAGGAGAAGCGUGAGGAACGUCUUUCAGGCGUUUUUGAACUGUCAGUAAUUACACAACGAUGAAUCAUAACCCCUAAAUAAUCGCACAAGAGGAAUUAACUGCCUCUCUUACAGCAGGAAUGAGAAGGCAGACGGCCGCGGAUUGUUAAAGGCGCUGGGUGCGGGUUGUUUUGGUUCGGUGAGGCCGUGUGUUUCAGUGCCGCAAUGAUCCGGCUGGCUCUGCUCCGCGCGCUCGUGGCCCGCCGCACCGGACCGGCUCAGCUGCACCAGCGUCUUCUCGGUACGCACCGGCGUAGGAUCAAACCGGAGCAGCUGGAGCUUCCCAACCAGGCGCGGGAGUUCGUGUACGGCCUGAGCCCUGCGAACCGGAGCUGCUUACUGAAGGAGCUGCAGCGCUUCCAGUCCCAGACCCAAGACUCGGAGGAAUCGUCUCCACCGACGGCGGCGCAGCUCAGAUACAUUCUCCUGCACAACGCCAUUCCCUUCAUCGGCUUCGGCUUCCUGGAUAACGCCAUCAUGAUCGCCGCCGGCACUCAGAUUGAACUGUCCAUCGGAUUGACGCUGGGAAUAUCCACCAUGGCAGCCGCAGCUCUGGGGAACCUGGUGUCUGAUCUGGCUGGACUCGGUUUAGCAGGUUACGUGGAGGCUCUGGCUGCGCGCUUAGGGAUGCAGAUUCCUGAUCUCGCACCGAAACAAGUGGAUAUGUGGCAGACCAGAGUCACUUCACACAUGGGUAAAGCCAUCGGCGUCGCCAUCGGAUGCAUUCUGGGAAUGUUUCCGUUGCUCUUCUUAAGCGAUGAUGAAGAGGAGAAAGAGAAGAAGAAGACGAAGAAUCACCCGAACUCAAACUGACAGGCUUUUGUAUCAGCAUGACAACAACAUUUAUAUUGGCAAAGUGAAGAAAAUCAAGCAAAAGAUGUUCAUGCGGUAAACAUCAUCAGAGUAACAAAAAAAUAAUAAUUAAAUGACAGUAGAGUAGCUAUUACAAUUAGUAGGCAGUUAAGACUUUAAUCUAGAGAUGAA